AUGGAGGAGCUGUCCAGAGCCAAUAAUCACUUCACUCUGGAUUUGUUCCAUAUUUUGAAUGAGAAGGAUCCCACGGGAAACAUCUUCUUCUCUCCCUUCAGCAUCUCCUGUGCAGCAGCCUUGGUCCUUGCUGGGGCCAAGGGCAACAGCGCAGCACAGCUGUCCAAGGCAUUUCAUCUCGAUAAGGUUGAGGAAGUUCAUUCCAAGUUUCAGUGUCUGAAUGCUGAAAUAAACAAACGCGAUACUUCCUAUAUGCUGAAAAUUGCUAACAGGUUAUACGGCGAGAAGACCUAUCAUUUCCUCCCUGAUUUCUUGGCAACAAUUCAGAAAUUCUAUGAGGCUGACCUGGCCAGUGUGGAUUUCCAGCAUGCCUCUGAGGACGUGAGGAAGGAGAUAAACCAAUGGGUCAAAGAUCAGACAGAAGGGAAAAUUCCAGACUUGUUACCUUCAGGUGUGGUUAACAACUUGACUAAACUUGUGCUGGUGAAUGCCAUCUAUUUCAUGGGGAAGUGGAAGAACAUAUUUAACAAAAACUGCACAAAGGAAGCCCAAUUCCAUUUGAAUAAAAAAGAUAAAAAAAUGGUGAACGUGAUGUAUCAGGAGGAAACAUUUCCAUACGGCUAUAUCGAUGAAGUAAAGUGCCAUGUGUUAGUACUGCCUUAUGAAGACAACGACCUCAGCAUGGUCAUCCUGCUGCCACAUGACAUUGACGAUGACUCCACAGGUCUGAAGAAGAUUGAGGAACAGUUGACUUUGGAUAAACUGAAUGAGUGGAUCAAUUCUAAUAAUUUGAAGGCGAACGAUGUCUUCGUCUACUUGCCUAGGUUUAAUCUUGAAGAGAGCUAUGAUCUCAAAGACCACCUGGUCAGCCUCGAUGUGCAGGAUAUACUUGAUCCUAGUAAGGCAGAUCUGUCUGGAAUAUCAGGAGCCAAAGAUCUUUAUGUAUCAGAGUUUGUUCAUAAAUCCUUUGUGGAAGUAAAUGAAGAGGGUACAGUGGCUGCAGCUGCCACAGAAGAGAAGAUAAUAUUUUUCUGUGAUUCAUUAGAACCACCAAUACAUUUCAAUGCCAACCAUCCAUUCCUUUUCUUUAUCCAACACAAUGCCUCAAAGUGCAUCCUCUUUUUUGGCCGAUUUGCUUCUCCUUAG